CACGUAGCAGCGGAUCUGGUAUAUUCUGAGUCAACAGAUGAACAUCAACUACCUACUGUGUAUGCUGACCAAGAACAGGAGAAAGUUGCAGAAAUGUACACUAAUGUCGAAAGUAGAUCCAAGCAGAUGAAGGAAGCUAGACAACAACAAUAUCAAAAAAAGUUCGAAAUUUUCGUAAGUAUAAGAUCGGUAACCUGGUAUGGAUAACAGCAACGUCUCGACGGGUGAAGAAGUCUCGAUCACUGUCUCCCAGGUGGAUAGGUCCCUAUACAAUAAUUCAACCUUUGUCGGAUGUCGUCUAUUUGCUGCAAAGAUGUCGCGGAAAGAAAGUUAUUUCUGUUCAUCACGAUCGGAUGAAACCAUACAAGUCAAGGCCCGUACAUCUCACAUCGAAUGAACGAUCGGAAGUGAUAUGUCAACCGAUUGAUAAUCUCCAACACGAUAAGACGGAUCCUGGACGGGAUAAAGGGUCCAAGGAAUGGGAAUGUUGUUCAGGAGGCGUUGACCAACCGGAGAAUGGCAACGAUGACGAUAUGGACCAACUGGAGAAUGAUAACGAAGACGGUAUGGGUGAAGACCACAAUGGUGAUGAUGCAGUUCGAAUCCAACGUCCCGUCCGCAAUCGACGUCGCCCACAGCGAUACGGAGAUUACCUAAUGGAUUCCGACAUUGAUUCUAGUAUGGACUCUGAUUAAGUCUAUUCGCUAAUUAAGUUAAUUAGAGAAGGUUAUUUUAGACACUUUUUA